AUGAAAAGGAAAAGAAAUUAUGUUCAAGUUUCAGAAGUACGAGAUGAUUUCUAUUUACCGGAAGAAUGUUGGGAAUGUAUAUUCAAAUUCCUUAACGAAGACUUCAAGUCUCUCAGCGUCGUCUCGAAACAGUUCCUCUCUAUCACCAACCGCCUUCGAUUCUCUCUCACUCUUGUCCUGUAUCCAAAUCUACCUUUCUUCCUUCGCCUCUUUCAAAGGUUUACCAACCUCACUUCCAUCGACUUCUCGCGAGUCUACUGCGACCUCAACACUCUUCUCCACGAAAUCUCUCGUUUUCCAUUGAAUAUUACAUCCCUCAAUCUCUCCAACCGAUCCAACUUUCCUGCCAAUGGCUUGAUAACCUUCUCCCAAAACAUUAAAACUUUGACCUCUCUUACUUGUUCCAACAUUAAUUUUGACUCUAACUACCACUUGUUCCUCAUUGCACAUUGUUUUCCAUUACUACAAAUACUCCACUUAAGUAACAUGGAAUGUUAUAUCUUAAUCGACUCGUUCAUUGAAUUUGAAUUUCCCAAAUUAGAGAUGUUGAAGUUAUCCGAUACAAGAGUUGAUGAUGAACAACUCUAUAUAAUCGCAAAGGCUUGCCCUCGACUUUUGCAACUCUCACUCAACGAUUGUCACGAGGUUACACAGCAGGGAGUAAAGCGUGUGUCAGAAAACUGCAAACAAUUAAGAGAGAUUCAAAUACUUCCUUCAAAGGUAUUAUCAAGGCCAUCAUUGACAGAUAUAAGAGAACCACGAUGGAGCAACAUAGAGAAUGAACUUUUUUCCAAUUACAUUGAGAAAUUUCCUUUUGCUUUUAUAUAA